AUGUUUGCACCACGUAGUAUUCCAAUGCUCUUCCGGCGCGUCUCAAUUCGGAAGAGCUCCACGCACGCUCCUGUCGUCCUACGACCUUAUCAAGAACGAUGUUUGGCUGCUUGCAUCGACGCGCUGAGCAACGGUUCAUCACGCAUAGGCGUCUCGCUACCUACUGGCUCAGGGAAGACCACCGUCUUCAUUUCACUCCUUUCACGAAUUACCUCGCCACCUGAGAACGAAGAGGCAACCAGGUCUCUUAUCGUUGUCAACAGCAUCGAACUAGCGCGACAAUCUGCCGACCAAGUCAGGCGUCUUUUCCCAGAUUGGUCGGUGGAAAUUGAGCAAGGAGCGAAGCAUCAGGCUUCAGGAUCAGCAGACGUGACUGUUGCAACGUACCAGACUCUGAGCAGAGCAGAGCGCCUCUUCAAAAUUGACCCUCGAAAGCUGAAGGCUAUUAUUGUGGAUGAAGCGCAUCAUGCUGCCGCUCCUUCGUAUCGGACCUUACUCUCUCGUUUUCAUCCUGAUAUCCGGCAUCCGGAGAACUUGGAAUCAUUUCCACAAGGAAGCCAUAAAGUUCCUGUCAUUGGAUUUUCUGCUACCUUCGGGCGUCAUGAUGGCGUAGCAUUGAGCUCUGUUUUCGAGAGCAUCGUCUACCACCAGGACUUCUUAGAAAUGAUUAAAGAGCAAUGGCUUUGCAAAGUUACAUUUACGUCUGUGAAGGCCAACUUAAACCUCAAGGAUGUCACGGUAAACUCUCGUAAUGGAGAUUUCAACCCCACCAGUCUCUCACAAGUCAUCAACACUGACACUAUGAACGACGUAGUUGUAAAGGCUUGGAUUGACCGCGCAGGCUCCACGCGGAAAUCAACGCUUGUAUUCUGCGUGGAUGUAGCCCAUGUACGAGCCUUGACUCAGGCCUUCCGUAGCUACGGCAUCGACGCAAGGUUCCUAUACGCUGAGACUCCUGCUGCUCAACGAAAACUUCUGGUCGAUGCAUUCAAAGCUGGAGAGUUCCCUGUUCUCGUCAACUGUGCUAUCUUAACGGAAGGGGCUGACAUUCCAAAUAUCGACUGCGUCCUUGUUGCUCGUCCAACCAGAUCAAGAAACAUUUUCGCUCAAAUGAUUGGCCGUGGCAUGAGACUUUCUCCGCAAACGCACAAGGAAGAUUGCCACAUCAUCGAUUUCGUUGAUACCAAUUCCAGAGUCGGCGGUGUUGUUUCUAUUCCAACCCUCUUUGGGUUAGAUCCCAACGAAAUGGCCCUCGAAAAUAUGACAACGGAAGACCUUGAGAGGCGGGCGGCGGAGAUCGAUGGGCUCCGUGGCAUUGAGCCGCCAUCCUUGUCCUCGACGCCAUCUGUUCCAUAUCCAGCAUCCAUCACAUAUGUGGAGCAUGACGAUCCAUUCUCCGUGAGCGAAACUUCAGAUAAACCCAAUCAUAUCAAUGCCCUGAGUCCAUAUGCCUGGGUAUCCUGUGGAGAUAACAUAUAUGUCCUCGAGCUCCUCUCCAGAGGUUUCAUUCGGAUUGAUUUCGACGAGGAAGACAACCGAUUUUUCGCUCGAUAUACGCCCGCCAAUUUCGACGCAAAUCCAGGCCGAAGCCCUUACCUACUAAGCCGACAGAUUUUGACGGCUGAAAGUCUAUCAGAGGCUGUUCGAGGCUGUGAUACAUACGCACAACGCAUUUUUCCAAAUAGUGGGACUACAGGUCUUCACCGAUCUGCCCCAUGGCGUAAGAAACCCGCUAGCGAUGCUCAGAAAAACAUGAUUAGGAAGCGUUGGGAGAAGACCCUGGCCCACCUUGGCAAAGACAAGGGGAGCGAUUUCAUCGACUCUAUGAAUAAAGGAGAUGCUGCCACAAUCAUUACUCGUCUCCGAAAUGGAUCACAGGCACGUUACAAGAAAACUAUCAAGCUACGCCAGAAGCUCCUUGCUGCGGCUGAAAAGGAAGAACGUCGUCGAGCACGGGAAGUCGUCCAAGUCGGCCCCCUUGCGCAGGACAUCUUCGCAUGA